AUGGGUUGGUUUUGGGGUGAUUCAAAUGAUGGCGACAAGGAUAAAUCCCAAGAUCCUUUAAAGAAUCUCGAUCCUAGUUUACGAGAGUUUCUUAAAAAAGAAUCACCAGUCAAAUACGAUUCUACAAAAUCUGCGGAUACAACGGUUUCGUCGCAAACAAAAACGCCGGAGCUCACAUCGACAAGUACGACUGAGGAUCCUACAAAACCCAGUGUGCCUUCGCAGAGUUUAUACCAAGACGGACGCUACGCACAUUUAUGGAAAACAUACCAACCACAAGCAGAAGUUGAGCAAGCAGCUAAAUCGGAUGCCGAAAAGAUUCAAGAUGUUAUCGACGGAUAUAAAUAUAGAAAGGCAGAGAUUGGAAGGGCAGCUUUGGAGAAUUGCGCUUUGGAACAAUGGGAUGUGAAUGAGUGUUUUCGUUCAGGAGGAUGGCAAGCUCGAUUAACUAUGUGCAGAGAGGAGAAUAGGAAGCUUGAAAGAUGUUAUACUAUGCAAGGUAAAUUCUUGAAAGCUCUAGGCUACUUAUCAACCUACGAUCGUCCACCCGCUGUCGAUGAACAGAUCCAAAUGCAUGCCGAUACAUUAUAUCAUCGAAUGAUUGACCAAGAGAAACAGAUUGAAGAAGCAAAAGCAGAAGGAAGACCUGUGCCUAUAUUUCCUCCGCUCAUAUCAAAAUCAAGACCUGGUCAAUCGGAUUCUGCGCAAGAAAAUAAUAAGCUCAAGGCAUCUGAUCUUUCGCCGAAGGUACAAGCUUCAUUUAAGAAGCGCCUUGAAGGACUGAACGAUGAUGAGAGACUAGUCGAGGAACGAGCAAUUCAGGCCGAAAUCGAAGCUGGUGAACAAGUUGCAGGUCAGCUAGGAAAGAUCUACGAGAAACAGGAUGAAGAAAGAAGGCAAAGGAAAGAGCAGGGCAGGGAGACUAUUAGCGAUAAAUUCUUCUCGAUAUUCCGUGGACGAUGAUGAGAGUCAUGGUAUUGCUGCUCAAGACCCGCAUAUGCCUUCCUCUCACCACCUUUACGCGCCAGGUGCUUGGCCUCAAAAAUACGAGUAUGAUGGGGGAAGGCCAUAGCAAGGCAUCGCACCUUCGAGGUGCUCACCUCUCACCCAAAAGCACCCAGCUUCGUUAUCUUGAGGACCUGCCCCCUUUUGGGGCUUCUCAUUUUCGAAUUCGCUAGUUGGCCAAGUAUGUUUGAUAGUGUAGAUAGAAGAACCUGUGGCAAUGUUUUUAUACAUCGGGAAUUACGAAAUCUCCACUUUAUUGGUUUGUAAGUAACAGCUAUUAAUAGCUUGAUUUGUAUAGUAUUUGGCAUCAAAUCGGACCUCUCAGGGGAAUAUGAUGAUGGCAAUGCCCUUGCGAGUAAAGGAUGGAAUAGACAUAGGAAAAAUAACCUUUUGAUAUGACCUUGAAUGGUUCGCGAUAAUCUGCAUUUUCUUCGGCUCGGGAUAAAAUUCGCCAUAAAUCUGGCUAUAAAUUACCUAGGUAUU